AACCGGUCGCCAUUUUAAAUUUCAUUUGAAAAGAAAGCUACGGAGAGUUCAGAUUCUGCUUUUAAUUCAUUUAUUUUAAAUAUAAAUGGCUUCAGGCUAGGUUUUUGCAUCUUAAAAUGCUAGAAUUUUUAUAGGCAUUGUUUCAUUGUGAUUAUUCUGCAAAUUAUUAGACACAGAAGAAAAGACAGCAAAAUAUCACCAUGUCCGCUCACGAGCAAAUGAGGGCAAUGUUGGAUCAAUUGAUGGGCACGUCUCGAAAUGGGGAAAGUGACAGACACAGGGUUAAGUUCUAUGAUGAUGAAGUGUGCAAAAGCUUUUUGCUUCAAUGUUGCCCACAUGAAAUCUUAUCAUCAACGCGCAUGGACCUGGGUGAGUGUCCUAAAGUACAUGAUUUGGCGCUCCGGGCUGAUUAUGAGAUCGCAUCCAAGACCAAAGACUACUUCUAUGACAUAGAUGCGACAGAGCACCUGGAAGCGUUCAUAGCGGACUGCGACCGCCGCACCUCGGCCGCCAAGCAGCGUCUGGCGGAGACCCAGGAGGAGCUGUCAGCUGAGGUCACGGAGAAGGCCAACUCGGUUCACGAGCUGGCUGAACAGAUCGGGCAGAAGCUGGCGCGUGCCGAGGCGCUGGGGGAAGAGGGGAUGGUGGAGGAGAGCAUGCAGCUUAUGGGAGAGAUCGACGAGCUCCGCAAGACCAAGGCAGCAGCAGAACAAGAGUACCGCAACUCCAUGCCUCCCUCCUCGUACCAGCAACAGAAGCUACGAGUCUGUGAGGUGUGCUCGGCCUACCUCGGCAUCCACGACAACGAUAGACGACUGGCAGACCACUUCGGCGGGAAGCUGCAUCUCGGGUUUAUCACUAUCAGGGAUAAAUUGGCUGAGCUGAAGAAAACGGUGGAGAAGCGUCGCGAGGAGCGCGGCGCUCAACAGCGGGAACGCGGCGGCUCGCGGCGGCACUACGUGGGCGGGCGCGAGCUGGACCGCCGCGCGCGCCGCCACCGCGAGAACGGCCGCCCCGACCGCGACCGCAGGAAGGACGAGAAGGACAAGGAGCGGGACAAGGACAGGGAUAAGAAGCGCAGUCGCUCGCGCUCGCGAUCUCGCUCGAAGCGCUCGCGUUCGCGCAACCGCUCGCGCUCGUCGCGCCGCGAGCGACACCGCUCCGGCUCGCGGGAGCGCCGUCGCGACUAGACACCCGCACUGCAGCCGUGAGGAUCAUCAUCGAUGGAGCUUGGAG